AUGUCUAGCCAGCAUGAAACAAAAGCCAAACAAAUUGGUUCAAACAAUUUUCAUGAUGUCAAGGGUCUCUCCAGAGAGAGGCCUUGGCUACUGCCUUCCAAUCGCAAACUUCGGCAUCUCCUAGGCAUCUCUUUACGAAACUUAACCCUGUCCUCACUGCGUUCCAGGACCCGUAGGAAGACGCUAGAUGACGAGUUUCUACCUCACGCACUCAAGACACCCGCGAAACUCCUCUCCCAACGCGAGAAUAAGCUUGAGUAUUCAAGGUCGUCUAGUGAUCUUAAGUCACCACCCAAAGCGAAUGUGUUAGCCGAGGCGGAGGAUUCCAAAAAUGAUGCACCAGCAAGGCCGAAGCCUCCAAUCAAGCCCAGAAGAAGAAGCACACUCAAUUGGACAAAUGCGCCCCCCAGCGUUAGACAGACCAAGUUGGAGGAUGUGGCUAGGGAGAGGAUGGCCGAUACAUGGUUUUCACUCCACUAUUCCGGCAUAGACGAGCCCAUCUACGUGAGCGAGGUCAUCGAGAAAGCUAUGAACCCAAGCUUUCGAUUCUUUGAUCUUAAUGUAUACGGCCCUGCGGUGACUCGACUUGAUGAGCUGACUGUCAAAUACUGGGCGAAGACGGAGAACAUGGACCAGUAUGUCUUAUUGGUUGAAUUGCAGUUGUGUUUCCGCUCUCUACAGUUCAUUGGCAAAUCACUCGAGAGCUUCCACCAUCCUCUUCCUCAGAAUUGCAUACUGUUUCACCUUUCAGAUGGCAUCUACACAAGCUUUACCGACCUUCCACUGGAUGAGCCUGUCCUGGCUGUUUCAAAUACACCAAAGCAACCACAUGGACUGCAGCCUACAUCUUCAUUUGAUGCCUUGAUGCGUUUGUCAAAUCUUGAUGAUUGCAUCCAAGACGCUCUUUCCACGCGUGAGAAGCUUGCUUCGCAGAUCAGUCAUUUGCUGGAAGACCAAAAGCAAUCCUCGGACACUAUCGACUCCUCUUCGCAAGCUGAACAGAGACUGGCAUCCACUAACCGCUCGCUCACAACAUGUCGAAAACAACUCACUACCGCCCAAACCCGGCGAUCUGAGCUUCAAGCAAGCCUGAAAGCCCGUCGCAAUGCUAUUACUUCCGGAGACACGACACAACAGAGAGCGCAAACAAAUCUCGCCUCAGCACAAACGAACCUCAGCUCUCGAAGAUCACUUCUGCAGACGACAAAGUCAUCGGUUUCGGGUCAAAUCCGCCGCAUUUGUGAAGACCUCUUGCGUAUCUACCCGAUCGAGCCUAUCGACCACAAGCCUCUUUCCUUCACCAUCCGAAAUUUGCACCUACCGAAUGCUGCAUCUCCAUCCACCUCUCCCUACACUGACCCCGCUGUGACUGCCGCUGCUCUUGGCAUUGUGGCCCACGUGACUUAUCUGCUCUCGUUCUAUAUUUCGGCUCCACUUCCCUAUCCACCUACACCUCAUGGUUCAACAUCCACCAUCUUUGAUCCAAUCUCCACAAACAUGCAAUCACAUGCAGCCCGCACCUUCCCACUCUAUGAGAAGGGGGCAGUCACUUAUCGAUUUGAAUAUGGAGUGUUUCUGCUCAACUCGGACAUCGAGCUUCUGAUGAGUAGGCAAGGAUCGAGAAUGGUGGAUCAAAGACACACGCUGCCGAACCUCAAGUACUUGCUCACUGUGCUGACCGCAGGCAAAGGAGAGUUGCCUGUGAGGAAGAAAGGUGGAGCCAAGGUUUUGGAGAAUGGCAGCGCUGGUGAGCAAGAGGCCGAGAAGAGUCCACUCAUGAACGGGAAGCAGCCCUAUCGCGAUAGCAAAGGAGUAGCAGAUGAAACACAGAAUAUAUAA